AUAUAAACUACAUCAUCCAGACACCCACCCUCUUUGUAUUCUCAAUCUCUUCUAUUUCUUCAUACUUAAGACGUGUCUGGGUUUUUCACUGAACAUGUAAAGCAGGUGAUACUCAAGAACUUGGUUUAGGUUCUUCUGGACUGAUAGAGAGAUGUUAGACCAAAAACAAAAAAAUUCCUAGUUCAGAUGUUCUUGGAUGCCUUUCAUCUCAUAUUGCAGUCAGAAUCAUACCCUAAAUUCUUAUGAUUAUAGGCCUCUAUAGGACACUCCUAUUGCAAAAUCCAGAGUUUUGGGUAUUAAUGUUCAGUAAAAUCUGCAGUUUCUCUGGUCACUUGAGUCAGGGGUUCAUAAGUAUCUGGAUUGUUUUGGCAAGAACAGUCUUAAAUGAAGGUCCUAUCUCACUUUUCAAUUGAAGGAAAUCAACCUCCUCCAUAAGGAUAUGCAGCUUCUAGGGAAUCCAUGGAUGGUCAUCCCACUUUGGUUUUCAAGCCUGUUUACAAGUCUUUCAAAUUCAAAACCUUUGAAGAUAUGGAAGGACUGAAGGUAGAAAAGAAUACCAGUUUGAAAGACAACAAUGUAUUCAUGGCCAAUCCUAAGAGUAAACAUCCCGAGGUGGUUCAAAGUCCACAUCCAGAUGAGAAAUGGAAGGCUGCUAUUGACCAUGACUUACCAGAGUUGGUUGCUUUCCUUCAAGAUAGUGGUCACGAGUUUGUUAAGGACAUUUGCAUCGACAGUGAAGUGCUAUCUCAGAAUAAAUGUUUGGAAGAGAACUGUGAUUUGAAUCUUAAUAGUGUCUCUUGCAUGGUAAUUAGCUCUGACGCCGAAAGCAGCAGCGAAUCAACUGCUGAAUCUCAGGACUCAUUAGUGUCAUUGAAUUCAAGUGUGUCGAAACAUAUAUCCGAGCAUGUGUGCAAGGACGAUGUAAGCAAGCGAAGUGGUUUUGAGGACUUGACAAUUGAAGAUGGAGAGCAUUUUGGGGAAACAGAUGAUACUUCAAGUGAUCAUUCAACCAAGAAGACCAUAUCUGAAACACUGCUUCAAAUUAGACAGGAUCCAACUAAGGCAGUCUUGUCAGAUUCAGUGGUAGUAUCCUCAACUGAGGCAAUUGAUGACAAUAGGCGGAGCAAAAACUCUCUCAAAUCUGCCUUAGAGAAUGCAAGAAGAGGGGAGACAUUUCCUCCAAGUGUAGAGUGUCAUUCUCGGAAUUCAUCCGAAGAUGGGAUGUCUGAUAAUGUAACAGAAUCAAGUCAAUCACAACAUCAUCUCUGCAGAGAAUCCAGUUCAUCAGUUUCAGGGCAUUUAGCAAUAUACUCAGGAGCCAUACCAAGUUUUGGUAGCAUCUCUUUCCGAUCAAACAGCAGCACAACUAGCUCUAGGUCUUUUACUUUUCCAAUAUUAUCCUCAGAAUGGGUCGGCAGUCCAGUGAGAAUGGUUGAAGCUGAUCGGACACAAUUACGAAGGCAUCGUCGUUGGGGGGUACGAUUUCUGUGUUGUAGCUUCUGAAAACUUUAUACAUAUAUUUGUCUUGGUGUAUAUCCUCGAUCAGAGUGUGGAUCUUCCACUAUAAUCAGUCCAUAUCUGAUUUGCCUUUGGUGUAUAUGCUUUAUGACAUGCCUUCCAAAUUAUUUAUGUAAACACCAAACUAUGACAUCAUAAUAGUAACAAGCUUAGUCCA